GUCACUGCUCCAUAGCAAGUGUUGAGUGAAGCUUAUUUUUAUGUUUUGGUGUAUUUUAAACAUGACUGAUUAUUUGAGAGACUGGAUCAACACACGUUCCUGUCGCACAGUUCUACUGUUUGACUAGUUCGUUUUUGUUUUGACGGAUGUCCACAGGAGGGUGCCACGUGCCUGGCAGCUUCUGUGGAAGAAAUAUAUAAAUAUUUCUAUGUAGGGUAGUCUCAGCCCUGUGUCUAAAUCAGAGCAGUGCUCAGGAGAGGGAGAGAAAGAGAGAGACGCGGGGAGUGAGAAAAAGGAGGGAGGGUGGCCGAAAACUAAGAGAGGAGAGCUAGAGACGGGGAAAGGAGCAGAAAACCUGCAACACCUCAUCAGCUGUUUGUACUGUUUGUCAACUCUUCUUUUACCAUGGCUACAACAUCCCAGGACUUAGACUAAGGAGGAAACAAAGACACGAGUGUGAGAGAGAAAGAGAGAGGAGUGAGAAAAAGAAAAAAGCAAGAACCAAAAAAAAAAAAGGAAGAAGAGUGAGAGUGAAAGGAGAGAGAGGAAAGGUGGGCGAGAGGAGGAGUAGGCACCCUUUCCUUGAAGAAGUAAGCGUGCAAGGGGAAAAGGAGAGAGGAGGAAGGAGGGAGCGCACUCUACUGUGUGGACAUGGGGUUGUGUGCUGUUCUGUUGAUCUGUCUAUCCCAGGCACAGUUUGGGAGAAUUUGGGCGCAGGAGCGAACAGAUAAUACGUCACUGCGGAUAGAUGGGGGCUCGCCUGAGAUGGGCAGGAUCUACCAAGACCAGCAGCCCUCCAUCAAACAUGGUCAGAACCGAGCGGUACGCAACGCACUGGGGGGAGGACUGGACAUUGAUACCCUGCCCGACAACAUGACCCAUGUGGUGGAGGACUCUCAGAGGUACUACAGGUGGAGGAGUUACGGGCCAGGAGACAGACGGAUGGAGGAACUCUGGGUAGACCUAAAUGCUGUGCAACAGAGCAAAGUCAGAGUGCACGGCAUCCUGUCCAACACACACCGGCAGGCAGCGCGUGUGGCUCUCUCCUUUGACUUCCCCUUCUAUGGACACUACCUGAGACAAAUCACCAUAGCAACAGGAGGGUUCAUCUUCACGGGGGAGAUCACGCAUCGCAUGCUGACAGCCACACAGUACAUCGCCCCCCUCAUGGCCAACUUUGACCCCAGUUUUUCAAAAAACUCAACAGUGCGGUACAUGGACAAUGGUGAGGUGUUUGUGGUGCAAUGGGACAAGGUGCGGCUUCAGGGGCGCGAGGCAGAGGGAACCUUCACCUUCCAGGCUGCUCUCCAUAACAAUGGAACAAUUGCGUUCAACUACAGAGAGGUUCCUUUGCCAGUAGAGAAGAUCAACUCCACUGAACACCCAGUGAAGGUGGGCCUGUCUGAUGCGUUCAUGGCCCUCCUCCCCUCUCCACAGUCCUCAGAUGCAAGACGGCGGACCAUCUAUGAGUACCAUAGAGUAGAGAUUGACACCACUAAGAUCAACAAUCACUCUGCCUUUGAAUUCACACCAUUGCCCACAUGUCUCCAACACACCACCUGUGAACUCUGUCUCAUAUCCAACCUGACAAAUGGCUGUGGUUGGUGCAACACACUGCAAAGAUGCUCCGAUGGAAUUGAUCGUCACAGACAGGAGUGGCUCGACUACAACUGUCCUGAAGAGGCAAAAGAGGCCACUUGUGAGGACUACACUCAGGGUGGCCCUGAGGGUUCCAUGGGGUCCUUCAACCACUCAGCCCCAGAGCCCACGUCCUCCCCUGCAGUGCUCUCAGAAAUCCCCGUCACCGAGGAUGACACCAAACUUUUCAUUCGCUACAAUGGUGGUGACUUGCAAACGGGUCCUCCGCACCAGGAACGGACAGAGCACACUGCGAUUAUUGCAGGUGUGGUGGCAGCCCUCAUUCUGCUGGUAGCCUUGACCCUUUUGGCUGUCUACUAUAUCAACACACACCCCACUGUUGCUCCUCCAUUCUACCUCAUGCAGCGACACACCAAUAACUACUGGCCAUCUAUGAAGUUCCACAACCAGAGCUGUCACUCCACCUAUGCUGAGGUGGAGCUUGGGGGUCACGAUAAGGAGGGCUUCAUUGAGGCCGAACAGUGCUGCUAACUAGGCUGGACUUCCGGGGCAACGUUGGACAAGAGAGUGAGCGCCAUUUUGGGGAUUAAAAAAGGAACUAAAGGGGACAGAAAUGCAAAACGUCCCUUAUUCGUACUAUGGUGGACAAUGUGUAACUGCUUGUAGAGAACAGUACUUUGUCUGUUUUGUCUGUGUCUCUCGCUCUUCGCCUGUCCAACAUGCAGCAGCUGUCUAUGGCCCUGUUCGAAUACUCUAAUAAUACAUUCUUCCUCCUUCCCUUCCUUGAGGUAAGCACAAAUCUAAUGUUAUUUGAUAGGUGAGCAAGAAGUCCACUACAUUGAUUUCACCAAUCGUAUCAUAUCAGAUCAGCGAUAACUUCAAGGAAGGAGGGCCUACAGUGCCUUCGGAAAGUAUUCAGACACUUUGGCUUUUUCCACAUUUUGUUACGUUACAGCCUGACUCUAAAAAUGGAUUUAAUUGUUUUUUCCCUCAUCAAUCUACACAAAGCAUAAACAUUUUUUUUGUAUGGUUUCUAAUUUAUCAAAAAUAAUAAACUGAAAUAUCACAUUGACAUAAGUAUUCAGACCCUUUACUCAGUACUUAGUUGAGGCACCUUUGGCAGCGAUUACAGCCGUGAGUCUUCUUGGGUAUUAUUCUACCAUCCU